AUGGAAGACGAACUUGCUCUACUUCUUAACAAAGUUGGCGAUCAGAUUGUCGUAUCAGACAAGGUUGUAGCUGCUGCUAUUACAAACAAGCGAAGAGAGUUCAUAUUUGACAUUUUCAAGAUCUGGAAACCUAAUGCAUGUGCAAUUACGCCGUGGAUUGUUCAAAAGGUUGCAGCAGGCACUGGCCGGGACGGCCUUGAAUACUUAAUGAAGCAUUCUGACCAAAUGCUGAGAAUUGAUGAGGAGCUGUGGGCUUUGGCAAAGUUUCGUGAUGCCGUGGAUGAGUACAGCUAUGAGCAUUCCGUAGCAGUUUUGCAAACGAUGUGGUCUGAAGGCCCAGUUGCUGAUGAGCCAGACGUCCAUGGGAGAACUGCCUUACAUUCGGCAAUGAAUAGCAACAUAGUCUGUGUACAGUUUCUAUUGAAUGUUGCGGGUGCAGACGUCCAUGCGGCUGACCGUACAGGCUUGACACCUCUUCAUAUCGCCAUUUCUCGUGACACAUUGGGGAUCGUGCUUGUACUGCUUGCGCAUGGUGCAAAUCCUCAUGCCCCUGAUCUGGAUGGCCGGACACCAAUAUCUGCUAUUGAAGCAAUACAGGAUUAA